AUGAACAGUGAUGUAGUAUCACUGGGUAGAACUCAGUCAAUAGGUGAGGGAUUCUAUCAUGCCAUUCCAAAGAUCACUCUAUUCGGUAGUCAUCUAAAAGAUCACGAGAAGACCAAUCAUCAUGGCACUGUAAAGAGAUGUUGUCAUGUCAGGAUAUCAAGGUUGGAGUUCAUAUCAGACUCUAGGGAUAAACUACCGACUACUAUUAGGGUCGCAGUGGGAUUGAAUAAGAUUAGAAGAUCGUUGAUCACUGCUCCUAUUGACUUGACUGGUCUAGAGGAGAUUGUACAUUCAAAUCAACUGUAUAGGAAUAGUUUGGCAACAAGUCAACAGAUACCUCAUUCAUUCACACGUGGACUUGGACCUGGAGCUGGCACUGGCAAUACAACAACCACAGGCAGCAGCGGUACACCCUCCUCAUAUGCAUAUCCAUAUCAACAAUCCUCGACAUCUACUGCUACAUCAUCAUCGAUGACAAUCACACAUCAUCAAGACAAUCCAUCAGUGACUGGUACUCUAACAUCAAAUGCGAUCAACAUACCUACAUCAUCAACAACUUCAUCAGCGUUAUCAUCUGUUGGCCAUGUAGUUGUCGAUCAUCCAAACAUAUCACCAAGACUGAUACCACGUGGAAGUAAUACAGAUGGAGGAGUCAUCCCACCUCCAUCACCUUUGUCGGCGAGCAAGAAGGUGUUCUGCUAUCCAAUGGACAUCAGAAUAAGCUUUCACUACGAUCACUCACUCAAAGAGCACGACGACUUUGUCAAGAUCACUCUCUACCGCAACCUACCUUCCAAGCGACAGCGUCCAAGAAUUCAUCCCAUUCGCACAGACCGAGACCAACCUUUCACAAAUCCAAAGACGUCGUCGUCUUCAUCUUCAUCGGCAACAACACCAUCUGACAAUGUUGUUAUGAUACCGACUGCAAUCAAUGUGACGAUAUGUAGUGUGCCAAAGGAGAUUGAGUCUCUUGGUGAUGCUCAAGAGUACCAACUCAAUGAUAUGGCACUAUCUGAUGAUGAGAACUUGUUCUUUGACUCUGAUUCAUAUGAUGAUGAUGAUGAGGAUGAUGUAUAUGAUGCACCAAGAAUGCCUACACACCAGCCAACUAGUAAUCAGAUUGUUGGUGCAGGUGGACUCGCCCCAAUCACACCUCCAUCGAUAUCAAGUACACCUCCAGCACCUCAACAACAACAACAACAACAGCAGCAAUCCAACUCGGGUGGUGGAGCAGGAUCACUCUCACAGCGAUUGUUUGAGUUGGACGAGACGCGAAAGAAGAUAGACAAGCGAUCAAAGUUGCAGAAGUUGUCAUCACUGAUCAAGCCGACCCCAUCAAGCAAGAAUCCAGACAGCUCAGCGGCAAACCUAGAGCUGGAUGACGAUGAGCUGACGAAUGAUUCUUCGAGCGAGAGCGAGGACAUUGACUAUGACGACCUGACGCCCAAUGCAUUGGCCGCGGGCACAAGGUUCCAGGCGCCAGGAAUGAUGGCCAAUCAAAACUCGUCACAAAGGGACUCGCCUCCAUCGUCCCCAUUCACCCAGCUCAAGAGCUCGGGUUCCGAUGUCUUUGCCGCAGACGCCAAACUCAAGCAAUACUUCAACCCAGACAGCCCGACACAUCUGUUCCUCGUCAACGCCCUGCGCAAGGGCGGCAAGAAGUUGGAGCAGUUCAUUGAGAGGAGCGCACCAAACAUCAAGUCCAAGUUCACAGUCAUCCCAACUCGCUCAAGCACCGACGUGCUAUCCAUUUUCAAACUGACCAUUCAGAGACAUCAGAACAAGAACGAGCAUAUACGCGUGGCCAUUGCUGGCUCUGACAGCUACAUCAGCACGAUACUGAAACAUUAUGUGGCGCUUCUCUCCUCCAAACCCAGGGGAUGGGACCCGUUCCUGUUCUUCCUGCUGCCCAUUGGAAAGAGCAAUGAGAUUGCGGCCACAGUGGCCAACAAUGAUCCCAACUAUCAGGCGCUGUUCCUCAUGGCACAGUCUGAUUGGAAGCGAUUCUUGGACGCGCCAGACGACCACCACAUAACCAUGGACUCUCAAGCCAAGAAGGACAUUGAGGCCAAGAUCUUGUCCUACAUUGACAAGCCCAGCACAAGACACUCGCACAAGUUCCCUAUUGGUGAGGCACUUUUGACGUUCCCCACAACGACCAGCAUCAUGGCCAUACCCUUCCUCAAGGGCAUACAGAUACCACGUUUGGAAGAUGUGGAUGGUGGCUCAUCUGGAAGUGGCAACAGCAGCAAUAGUGAACAACCCGAUCUCAAGAUAGACUAUUGGGUGCCCAAGAAGAAGGGUGGCGAGGAUCACAUGGAGAUCAAGACUGCAUUCCAAUAUGUCAAGCUCACAAGGCUGUCGCAGGUCAUCAGUGGGGCCUCGGCAGGCACGUCCAUGGGCACAUUGUUAUCGGCCAAUACGACUCUUGGUGCGACAAGUGGCAGCGGCAGUGGCAGUGGAAGCGGCAGCGGUAGCGGAAAUAACAGUGGCUUCAAGCCAUCGUCAUCGGCGUCAACAUCAUCCUCAAGCGCACAGCAAGCUGACCCCAAGUCAGACAACAACACAUUCAGCCUUUACGUGUUAUAUAGGGACAAGACCAGCAAGUCAAAGAAGAAUGCAGCCAUUUACAUACCAAUGUUUAGCAAGCAGAAGCGAAGUGACAGUAACAAGAAGGAGGAGAAGGUGUCAUACAAGAAGGUGGAGAAGUCGAAUGUGUCAUCGGUCAUCACCAAACUGAUGUGUGGCCCUCAGACUGCAUCGUCAUCAUCUUCAUCCGCUGGCAUCAACACAGAGACUCUGUUCAAGAUCAAUGUGGAUGGCGUUGAGAUCACUGGUGUCAAGUAUCUCUCCGUGUCUCCACAAUGGGGCACACAUGUCAAGCAGUUCUCCAUUCAAACAUUCGUCGAUACCGAGAAGAUGAACUCACCACCUGGUGCCACAACAACACCUACAAGUAGCAACUCAGUGGCGACGACAACAUCAGCAACGAUGAAUGAAUGA